UAGCCUAGUAAUCUGACAUAGAAUCUGUCCAGUCCCUUCACACACUCCUGUACAGUAGGUGGCGGUAUACACAGAUUGUGAUAAUCUGCCAUUAAAAAGAAGAAGAAGAAGAAUGAAUGAAGUUUGGGCGGUUUUGCUUGCCGUACUUAGUUUUUGACCAGAAUGCGCUGUGCUGAGAUGUGUUUCAACGAGAUUGCACUAUAAGUAUGUUUUUCUUAUUUUAUAAGUUGCUUGUUACACAAGUCUUCAUCAAAACUGAAGAUGUGUAACAUGAUGUUUGGGAUAUGAGAUCAACAAGUUAUUAGAGACUGUAUAAACUGCGAUGUUUCAAGAUUGUUCGUGAUGUGUGAAGAUUCCUCCAGCAACGUGGGCUGUACCUGUUAAGAUAACGAAACCUGCAAGCCCACUGCCGGAUUGUUUGUAUAUAAGUUUGAACUCUUCAGCCACAGUUUACAGCCGUUCAAAACACAGGAGGAAGAAAAUGGCUGAAUCUUCAUCGCCAGCAAAAAAGAAAAGAAGGAGCAGCAUGGAAGAACCACGUUCAUCAUUUUCUGGUGACUCCAGCAGCCUCCUGUCUAAAGAGCAGCUGCUGUGUUCGAUCUGUCUGGAUGUGUUCACUGAUCCACUCACCACUCCAUGUGGACACAACUUCUGUAAGAGCUGCCUUACACAGUGCUGGGAGAAGAGUCUACACUGUCACUGUCCAUUAUGUAAAGAGAAAUUCACCAAGAAACCUGAACUGAAGAUUAAUACAACACUGAGAGAGGUUGCAGAUCUCUUCAAGAAGAAAUGUGGUCCUGAUAAACCUGAGGUUCUGUGUGAUGCCUGCACUGGAGAGAAGCUGAAGGCCCUGAAAUCCUGUCUGGAUUGUUGUGCAAGUUUGUGUAAAACUCAUCUAGAGUUUCAUAGUAAUAUGCCCAAACUUAAGAAACACAAACUAAUAAACCCUGUGGAGAACCUGGAGGACUACAUAUGCCAGAAACAUGAGAGACCGCUGGAGCUGUUCUGUAGAGAUGAUCAGACGUGUGUGUGUCAGUCCUGCACUGAGACAGACCACAAGAAUCACAACACUGUUCCUAUAGAGGAGGAGAGCAGAGAGAGGACGACUCAGCUGGGGAAAACACAGACAGACAUGCAGCAGAUGAUUUGGGACCGACUGAAGAAGAUCCAAGAGAUCAAACACUCAGUAGAGCUCAGCAAAAGAAGCACAGAGAAAGAGAAAGCAGACAGUGUUGAAGUCUUCACUGCUCUGAUUCGCUCCAUUGAGAGAAGUCAGGCUGAGCUGCUCGAGGUGAUGGAGGAGAAGCAGAGAGCAGCAGAGAGGCAGGCUGAAGGACUCAUUAAAGAGCUGGAGCAGGAAAUCACUGUGCUAAAGAGGAGAGACACUGAGCUGGAGCAGCUCUCGCACACUGAGGAGCAUCUCCACCUCCUACAGAUUUACUCCUCCAUGUGCAGCCCUCCACACACCAAGAACUGGACUGAGAUCAGUAUUAACACUGAUCUGAGUGGGGACACUGUGAGGGCAGCUCUGUCUCAGCUUCAGCAGACUCUGAAUGAGAAACUCACUAAAACACUCAAUGACAAGUUAACGGAAACAGAACUGAAGAGGAUUCAGCAGUAUGCAGUGGAUGUGACUCUGGAUCCUGAUACAGCUCAUCCCAAACUCAUCCUGUCUGCUGAUGGAAAACAAGUAACACAUGGAGAUGAGGAGCAGAAUCUCCCUGAUACACCACAGAGGUUUGAUUAUUAUGUCUCUGUUCUGGGAAAGCAGAGUUUCUCCUCAGGGAGAUUUUAUUAUGAGGUGCAGGUCAGAGGGAAAACUAAGUGGACAUUAGGAGUUGUGAGAGAGAACAUUAACAGGAAGGAGAGCAUUACAUGGAAACCUCAGAAUGGAUUCUGGACUGUGUGGCUGUGGAAUGAGAAUCAGUACUGGGCUUAUGCUGAUCCCCGUGUCCCCCUCACACUGAGAGAGAAGGUGGAGACGGUGGGGGUGUUUGUGGAUUAUGAUGAGGGUCUGGUCUCCUUUUAUGAUGUGAAGUCCAGAUCUCAUAUCUACUCUUUCACUGGUCAGUCUUUCACUGAGAAACUCUAUCCAUACUUCAAUCCUUGUUUCAAUGAUGGAGGUAAAAAUUCAGCCCCACUGAUCAUCUCUCCUGUAUUAAAGACUGAGUGAAUUUUCAACUCACAAAUUUAAUCAUCUAUUAAAUGGUAAUAAACAGAAAUAUUUUUACAUUUUCUGGUUAACAUACCUGCCAACCUUGGAAAAAAAUAUUUAGUAGCAACUUAUCGCGGCGGUGCAGUGCAGCAUGGCGUGAGGUCAGACACAUUUGCUGAUCAGUAUUGAUUGUAAUGAGCGAGCAUGUGAACAAUGUAUUACUAAGCACAGAGUUCCCACUCACCACCAUAUCUAGUUAUUCAACAUACAAGUAGACUAUGAAGAAAACAAGAACUCCUUUUAAUGAAAAGGCAUGAAUAUAUUUCCAAUGCUUUCACCAAGACAUUUGGCACAAGGCAACUGUGCCCGAAAAAUAUGUCCUUUAUACAGACCUUAAACUUAAAGAUAAGGGAUAAAUGUACUGCCUUUGGCAUAUUGUGUCUUAAAUACAUUGGGAAUUAUAAACAACAAAGAAUCCCAAAUAGCAUGCUAUGUCCCUUUUGACAUGUCGCAUUAUAUUGUAUAGAUGACAGAAAAACCAAUGAGCUAUAGCCUACGUCUUUUAAAACAGAUGCCGGCAGUCUGCAAACACACACACACACACACACACACACACACACACACACACUCUCUCUAGGGCUGCACAAUAAUCGAAUUUAAUCGAAAAUCGCGAUUUUGGCUGCCACGAUUAAAUUAAAUGAAAAUCGCGAUUUAUUUCCAUUUAAAAUGCGGGCUCUACUGCAUAUCUAAGCACUUUUUGACCAGUACUCCGCCAAACCAUUAGGGGGCGAACCGACGCAUGUAAGGUUUCAUUACUCCGCCUAAAUAAGCAAGCAAGCCAAGCGUUGCCAGAUUGUGCGGUUUUAAGUGCUUUUUGGCGGGUUUUGAACAUAUUUUGUGCUGGAAAACGUUAGCAGUAUCUGGCAACACUGGCCAAGUGCGCAGAGCUUCAGUGCAGCGGUUUCUUCUUCAAGGGGUGAUAGCGUGAGAGUAGGUAACAGAUUGAGGUGAGAGAGAAAAGCUAACUAUGUCGGAACAACAGACUAUUUAGCACUGGAGGCAAUGCUGUGACCUGCCUUCGCUCAUGUUUAAAGCCAGAGCAUGUUGAUAGGCUGCUCUUUCUAGCUAAAAACUUGUAGGCCUCAGUAUAAUGCUAUGUAAUUGUUGCAAUUGAGUUUUCAGUUCCUUCAUCCUUUGGUAAUUUCUUGGAUAAAUUUCAUUUAUUUGUCAUUUGGAAAUCAGAAUUUCUCUUUUAAAUUUCAUUCUGCACUGAAAGCUGUUCAUAUCGUUUGUUUGAAUAUAGUAAAAUAAAAUUUAAGUGAUUUCCCUAACAUCAAGAAUAAUCGUGAUUAAUAAUCGCGAUUACAAUUUUGAUCAAGAUAAUCGUGAUUAUCAUUUUUUCCAUAAUCGUGCAGCCCUAACACACACACACACACUAAAUCCUUUUUUCAUAAAUUUAGUUUUGACCAUAAGAGAUUCUGUUGCUCCUCACUACACUUUGAACUAGGCUACACUAAACAUCGAAUAUUCCAGAGUACCUAUAUAAAUAUUAAUAUUGAAAAAUAUAUAUUUAGUAAAUGCAAACUGAUAACCACACUUACAGAAAAAUUUACUGAAAAUAAAUUUUAGGCUACUCUGGCCUAUCCAAUAACACAGCCUUUAUAAUAUUCAUGUUCACUGACCUGGCCUAAUUUGGAAAAAAAUAAUGGCCUAUGUAUAUAAAGGCAAGCAUUUCUAUGUUAGCAAUAUUAUUACCUGUAUUUCCUUGAUGGCUAAUGUCAAAAUCAUAAUUGCACACUGUGCAAAACGCAUGAUUAGGCAGUUUAGAGGGGCGGAGGCAUGGCCAUUGAUAUUUCGUUAGGAACUUCUGAGGGGCAUAGACUCGCUUCUUUUUAGAUUUGCUUCUCUCUCUCUCUCUCUCUCUCUCUGUCAGUAUCCUCAUCUGACGUCAUGUGUAUUAUUAACUGCAAGGCACACACAUACACAAACGCAUCAUCAUCCACCACAUGCACUUACGUGAAAACACUUCAUGCGCUGCUCAUUGAAUCUCACAUGCAUGAGUAGCCUAGUUCAGAAGAUUUUAACGCGUCUAUCGGGUGACUAGAUGGAAAUGUCAGUAGGCUACUAUAUUUUCACUUUAGGCUAUGCAAUGUUUUUUAGAUUGAGAAGCCUGGGUCAAAUAUCAAAACAAGCUGGAACAAAUAUUUCCUUCAGAUAAGGCGGAACACUGUGCUUUGAACUAUGACUUUAGGACAGUUGUCCUUAUUCACAAUACCCUUGCCCUGCCCAUUUACCUUCGAAACGGUGUUUAGCAUCGUCCUCCCUUGUAAAUCCAGUCACAGUAUGAAGAUCGACCGAGAGGGAUGAAAAUCAAUUUCGUUACUUUCGUUUUGACGGCUCCUUGGCUCUCCACUUAGCCUCAUAGCUUAGGCCUAUUUGAAGAGUUUAAAACUAGCGCUGUGAUUGGUCGAAGUCUUCUUUCCUUUACAGGUUGCUGGUCAAUGCGGUUACACCCAUAGACGAGUUGCCUAGUGCGCGAAUGCACAGACAGUUGAACCGGAAUAUUAAAGAUCUUUGAACUCAAAGCCAUCAAUUGCUUUUUGCAUAUUUUGAAGUGUUAAAUUGUAGCAGCAUAGUUUGAUGUCUAAAUGCGUAUCUGCUAUGCAAAAUGCAUAGGUUGGCAGGUCUGGAAUUUUCGUAAAACAUUUUUCCCCUUUAAAAUGCUGUACACUUUAUUUUAAUACCUGGGUUACUUUUUUUGCAAAAACAAAUAAUUUUACUCCUACUGUCUGUUACACAUUUUGAUUGUGGAACUUUGUCAUGACAAAUCAAAUAUUAAUAAAGAUUAUUUACAGUUCACACUGAGUUUUACUGCAGAAUUUAAUCUGAUCAGUAAAAUGUAUGAAGUUCAGCUGCUGAUGUCUGUGUAAAUAAAACCAAACAAAACUGUUUCUCCUUCAAACCUCAUCAAACACAAACAAACUUGUAUUUUAUUUUGAAAUAAAAGUGUCAGGGUUUUUCUGUUCUUCAAAAUAGAAAUGAAUGAAUAAAUGAAUCCUCAAUCUGCACUAAAUCCUUCCAUCUGCUGGUACAAAGGUGAAAUGACGCGGGCCAUCUGAAAAUACUAAAUUAAAACAAAUAAGUUAAAUGUAGGAUGGCAGAGGGAGUCUCUAAUAGCGGAGCUCCAGCGGAGCACCAUACCUAAGAAAAAAUGGUAAUGGGGUGGGCGUAUCGAUAGUAUCGAUACCAAGGUGAGUAUCGGAAUCGAAUCGAUACUAGCUUGAGACAGGCCCGGCGCCAGGAACAGUUUACUAAGGGGGCAAUUAGAAAUCGCAAGGGGGCAAAUAUUUUUCAUAUAGUGUGUAGUAGUGAUGGCGGUCUGACAACGUGUUUCAAACAAUUAACUGCGCCAACCACAAAACCACGGCCCCGAAGGUUGCUUUAGUACGGGAAAAUCAUGUGACCUAUUACCAGGGCAGUUGCGCUUUAUCAACUCCCGUGCCCACCUGUUAACCCUCCCCUCCAAUUUUCUCACAGACACGCGGUACAACCGGAAAGAUGCCAAACAUAAAACAACACACACAAACCUACAGGCAAGUCCUUUAAAUUUAAAAUAUAUGCAAAUAGCUCCGCGGCAUGAAAACAAAACGUCAAUGCAAGUCUAAGGUACUUGGCUCGGCGGCCAAAAUCAUAAUUUUAAAAAAAUCAACAGACCCCACGGCUGCACCAGUAAUAGCCUUCCUGACUCGUACCGAGUCAACGCUAACCACUUAAUCCGCGAUCCCAGUUUAGGCGUGUAGGGGACAAAACACUCUGAAGUGAUUAAUUUUCACCCCCGCUGCAUGGGGGUGACGUCAACAACACGUAUUCUUACGCUAUUUGCGCACAAAGCGGACCAUAUAUGAACACAUGCACCAACAUAAACAGAGAUAAACUUAGCCUACAAAGAAAGAAAAUGGAUUCACAAUAUUGUGAUUGAAUUCGUUUAAUUCGGAAGGGGAAAGACUACUCCCGUAAACUGACUGCAUAUUACAGGAUAUUGCAGAGACGGUGCACUUGUGUCAUAACAACAAUCAGAUUUGUUCUACCGUGCCAGUUUUAGUAGUGAUUUAUGUGAAAUGUAUUUUUGUGCAAUGCGCAACCACUUAAUAUUUCGUAUUUGAAAAUGCAAAUUAUUAAUACGUCUAUAAUACGUUAUAUUUUCAUAAGAAAACAAGUGAUCUGAGUCUCCGUUGAGGGGGCGGGGCUGUAGCCACGAGGGGGCGACGCCCCCUUUCGCCCCCCCAUGGCACCGGGUCCGUGAUGAGAUCGAUACUUUCGUCGCAGUUUCUCUUCAAUACGUCCAGUAAAUUACUCGAAUUUACUCAGAGUUCAUGCGAGCGUAGUUUCUCUCUAAGGGCCCGUUUACACGAGGAUGCUGUCGGGUAAAAACGACUAAAUAUUUUAUUGGAAGUGCCUUUUGUCUACACGGGGACGGCGUUUCCGAGGCUGAAAAACGGAAAAAAUUGAAAACGCCUUCCAGAGUGGAUAAGUUAAAAACAGCCCCCGUUGCAUAUCCGUCUAAACUACCCAAUACGCGAAACUCUGCUCGGAUCUGCUCGUGUCGGGUACGCGUUUACGUCAUACAUAUGUCAUAUACUGUACAUGCCAGCCCGGGAAGUAAGAAAGUAAGUAAAAAAGUAAGAGCAUGUCUGAUUACAUCGAUCCAACGGACCUUCAAGCUGCUCUGGCAGCUUUAAUAAACGUCCAGGAGUCCUUCGAACAUCUAUACCGAAUCUGCACAUAUACCGUUAAUGAACAGAGGCGGGUAUAGUAUGCUCUUACUUUUUUACUUACUUUCUUACUUACCAUAGCCAGAGUAGUCAAAGUUUUCGCGGCGUAGAUGUGCAGAUCAGACAAGACGGAAGACGUUGCGCAUGCAUGCAGACAUAGCGGAGGUCUUUCACAGCACCGCCUGGCAUGCACAUCUGUGACAGAGUGCAAUGCGUCUGUCACUAAACAGCGGUUCCUCCUGCUGGUCAUGUUUCAAUGGUCAAGUGCAAUGGACUAAACCACAGUUGCAAAGACAUUCCAAGCACAAUCUGUGUUGUAUGUUUGUUGUGGGUUUGGUAAUGGGGGCUUUACAAGUAUGUUUUGUUACGGGUACAUUUGUUACAACUUUUAGAUAUGUAAACCUGAAAUGUUUGGUACAUGUGUUCAUAGUAAAAGACGUGACACAGGUUUAAACAGCACAAGCAUUUAUUAGUUUUCACUAUAAACAAUAGCGUGUAAAGAUUCAUUAAGUGCGCACGUUUAACAUCUGAAUCCUUUUCUGCUAGAGUUUAUCUAACAUCAGCCAGAAAUGUUUGUAGCCAUUUACUUGCUGUAGUCUUCCGGGUGCGGGACCAAACCAGAAUGCAGGUCUGAAAGCGCUUUUCAAGGUUUCUUCCGCAAUGCGCGGGAAAGCAGCUCAUUAGAGCGGAGAGAAAUGGUCUAAAAAUCUUACGUGUUUGUUGUAAUAUUUAAGGUCUGCACAUUGUUGUAGGAGUGUAAUGCAUGCAGUGAAAAUGUUUAGAACUGUUAAAAUCUGUCUAGAUGUGUUGACUGAUUUUAAUUGUGUUAAGACUGUGACGUAGUCUUUUAAAUAUGCGCUGCACUGUUCAUUCAGGGGAUGGCCUCGGCAGGGAGAGGACGCAUGACUUGAGCUCUGUGUGAGUAAUGCCAGAGUAGCCUAGCUUGCGUGGGCAUUUUGUCCCAGAAUUUUUUUUUGGUUGGUUUUGUCAGUGUUUUUUUUUUUUUUUGUCCUGUUUGUGUUAACUGCCGGCUUAAGAAUAAAAAGAAAACUAUUUUUGUACAAGAA